AAACAUCCUUGUUUUUAAAAAUUAACGAGUUUGGCUAUUGUUUUUUUUUUCCCCAAGAACCGUUUUCAAAAACAGAUUGCUUUCUAACUCCGUCUGGGACGUCGGAGAUCCUCUUCUCUCUUUGCCAUUCUCUCCUUCUCUUCCGUGCUGAAAUUAUUUGAUGGCUGCCACAGGAAUUCAUGAGGAUGAUGAAUCUUUAUGGAGUUCUACAACAGAAAAGAUUUUUAUUGAUAUUUUGGUAGAUGAGGUAAAGAAGGGAAAUUUUAGAGAUGGUCAAUUUGCAUCAUCAACAUGGGCUGAAAUUCUUGAAGAGCUAAGAACUAGGAGUAAACGGAAUUACUCCAUGAAACAAGUUAAGCAGAAAUUUAAUAGGCUACGUGCCAAGCACCGUGACUUUAGUGAGCUAUUGAAGGAAACUGGGUUUCGCUGGGAUGCUGAAACAAAUAUUGUGCAUGCUACAAAGGAUAUGUGGAAAAAUUAUUUACGGGAACACCCAAAAGCAUCACCUUUCCGAAAGAAAGGAUGCGAGCAUUAUAAGUUGCUGGGACUUAUAUUUUAUAAGUCAACUGCCAUUAGAGCGUUUCAACCUGCAUCUACAAAAGACCGAACGGAUACCAAUGAUGAGAUAGAGUUGGAGAAUGAGUUUCUCCACUCAAGUGCACAUGUUGACAUUGAUGCCUGUAGUAGUAGCCGUGGUAAUCCUAUUCAUACCCUUCAUGGAUCUACAAGUUGCUCUCCAAAACGUACUGCAGCAGGUAGUGCAGAACAAAGAAUUAGAAACACUGAGGCAGUGAAGGCAACCGAAGAAGCUCCCUUGGCUAAAGCAGAGAGGAAUAAGAGGGUCAAAAGCGUAGAGGAGAAUGGCUUUAGUACUUGUGUAGAUUCUUCCCUAUCUAGAUGUGUUUGCCUUCUUGAAGAGAUGGAACAAAUUAAUGAUGACACUUAUUUGAAAGCAGUUGAGAGGUUUAGAGAUCCAGAUUGGAGAGAGAUAUUUGUUAAUAUGUCUAAGAAAAGAAAGAGGGCUUGGUUAGUUAGGCUUUAGUAAAUUUACAAGUUUGUUAGCUAGACUUUGGUAUUUUCUCUAUGUAGUAGUCCUUCACAUGCUCAGUUAGAUCCAACUUUUUUUUUUUGAUGAACUUAUUUAGAUCCAACUUAAUUGGGUUCUAUUUGGUUAUUUUAAUGCUUUCGGAUUUUACUUGGUUAAAUUUAUAAUA